CAGUGCUGCAUUGAUAGUGCUGCCUCCCUCAGUGAUGAUGUCACUGGCUCAGUCAGGCUCAGCAUCACUGCUUUGAGCAGCCAGCAGAGCCAUUUUGGCUUCUGCAUUACAGACGUCAAGUCUUCUCCUUUAAAAAAACCUCCCGGAUCAAGCAGGCCUCACUGGGGCAUCCAAAUACCCCUUUCCCCCCUCUCCCACGGACCUCCCUCUCCAUCGGGGAUUAAAGACACGGGCAGUAUUCUUUGAUUUGUCCCAGAACUAGACCUCUGGGAGUAAAUCAACACAUCUACAGUGUAGUAUAGAGCUCAGGAGACAAAUACAGCACUGUAAAGGAGUGUAUUUGUUGGUGCUGACAGUGGGAGCCAUAAGGAGGCACAAUGGCGGCCGCCUCGGUGAAGGUGGCGGUGCGGGUUCGCCCCUUCAACUCGCGGGAGAUGAGCAAAGAGAGCAAGUGCAUCAUCCAGAUGUCAGGAAACACCACAACUAUCAUCAACCCCAAAGUACCCAAAGAAACCAAGAGCUUCAGUUUUGAUUACUCUUAUUGGUCACAUACUUCGCCAGAAGACAUCAACUAUGCGUCUCAGCAGCAGGUCUAUAAUGACAUCGGCGAGGAGAUGUUGCUCCAUGCCUUUGAGGGCUACAACGUCUGCAUUUUUGCAUACGGCCAGACCGGUGCUGGCAAAUCAUAUACCAUGAUGGGCAAACAAGAAAAAGACCAGCAAGGAAUAAUCCCACAGCUGUGUGAAGAUCUUUUUACCAAGAUCAAUGACAGCAAUACAGACAACAGCAUGUCGUAUUCUGUAGAGGUGAGCUAUAUGGAGAUUUACUGUGAGCGUGUGCGAGACCUGCUGAACCCUAAAAACAAAGGGAACCUGCGAGUGAGAGAGCACCCACUGUUAGGCCCUUACGUAGAAGAUCUAUCCAAACUGGCUGUCAUGUCCUACAAUGACAUUCAAGACCUGAUGGACUCAGGAAACAAGGCCAGGACGGUGGCUGCUACGAACAUGAACGAAACAAGCAGUCGCUCUCAUGCUGUCUUUAACAUCAUCUUCACACAGAGGAGGCACGAUGCAGAGACAGAUAACACGUCUGAAAAGGUCAGCAAAAUCAGUCUGGUGGAUUUAGCCGGCAGUGAAAGAGCUGACUCCACCGGAGCCAAAGGCACUCGGCUCAAGGAGGGUGCAAAUAUAAACAAAUCCCUCACCACUCUGGGGAAAGUCAUUUCAGCUUUGGCUGAAGUGGAUUCAGGAUCAAACAAGAACAAGAAGAAAAAGAAGGUGGAGAGUUUUAUCCCAUACAGAGAUUCUGUGCUGACAUGGUUACUUCGAGAAAAUUUAGGUGGAAAUUCUCGGACCGCCAUGGUAGCAGCUCUGAGUCCUGCAGAUAUCAACUAUGAUGAGACUCUCAGCACACUCAGGUAUGCAGACAGAGCUAAGCAGAUCCGCUGUAAUGCCGUCAUCAAUGAGGAUCCUAACAACCGGCUGGUGCGUGAGCUAAAGGAUGAGGUGUCACGCCUGAAAGAGCUCCUCUACGCCCAGGGUUUGGGUGACAUCAUUGAAACCUAUCGGGGUCCAGUUGAUGACAAUGCUGGUUUGGGUUUGAAAUACUUUUCUGAUUACAAGAACAAUAACAAUACUGGCCAAGCUGUCAAUGAAAGGGGUGAUCUCUCCGCAGUGACCAAUGCCAUGACAGGGAUGAGUCCCUCCCCCUCUCUCUCCGCCUUGUCCAGUCGUGCUGGAUCUAUCAGCAGCCUGCAUGAUCGCAUCAUGUUCAGCCCUGGGAGUGAAGAGGCCAUUGAGAGGCUCAAGGAAACAGAGAAAAUCAUUGCUGAGCUAAAUGAAACUUGGGAGGAGAAGCUUCGCCGUACUGAGGCCAUCAGAAUGGAAAGAGAGGCACUGCUCGCUGAGAUGGGUGUGGCCAUGAGGGAAGAUGGAGGCACUGUUGGUGUCUUUUCGCCCAAAAAGACACCUCAUCUGGUGAACUUGAAUGAAGAUCCUUUGAUGUCAGAGUGUCUUCUUUACUACAUUAAAGAUGGAAUCACCAGGGUGGGAAGAGAGGAUGCGAUGACAAGGCAGGACAUUGUCCUCAGUGGACAUUUCAUAAAGGAUGAGCACUGUAUUUUCACUAGCGGUUCAGGACCUAUGGGAGAAGUCAUUCUGGAGCCGUGUGAAGGAGCCGAAACCUAUGUAAAUGGAAAGAAUGUGACCGAACCCACUGUCCUCAGAUCAGGGAACCGCAUCAUCAUGGGCAAGAGCCAUGUCUUCCGCUUUAACCACCCGGAGCAGGCGAGGCAUGAGCGGGAAAGGACUCCGUGUGCUGAGACUCCGGCUGAGCCAGUGGACUGGGCUUUUGCUCAAAGAGAGCUGCUAGAAAAACAGGGCAUCGACAUGAAACAGGAGAUGGACCAGAGACUUCAGGAGCUCGAGGACCAGUACCGCAAAGAGAGAGAGGAAGCCAAUAAUCUUCUGGAGCAACAGAGACUAGAUUAUGAAAGCAAGUUAGAGGCCUUGCAAAAGCAGGUUGAUCGUUACUAUCCUGAAGCAGCAGAGGAAGAGGAUGAACCUGAAGAAGAAGUGCAAUGGACUGAGAGGGAGACUGAGCUGGCAAUGUGGGCUUUCAGAAAAUGGAGGUGCUAUCAGUUUACCUCUCUCAGAGACCUUCUCUGGGGCAAUGCCAUCUUUCUUAAGGAAGCCAAUGCUAUUAGUGUGGAGCUCAAAAAGAAGGUGCAGUUUCAGUUUGUGUUGCUGACCGACACACUGUACUCUCCACUUCCUCCCGACCUACUGCCUUCUGACGUGAGUAAAGAGCGCGAGAAGAGCCCAUUUCCCCGCACCAUUGUGGCUGUGGAGGUGCAAGAUCAGAAAAAUGGAGCCACACAUUACUGGACCCUGGAGAAGCUUAGGCAGCGUUUAGACCAGAUGAGAGAUAUGUAUGACCGAGCUGCAGAGAUUCCCAGCAGUGCCGCAGAGGAGUGUGACAAUGUGCUGACGGGAGGAGACCCUUUCUACGACCGCUUCCCUUGGUUCCGCCUGGUUGGGAGCAACCUCCUAUUCACCUCAUGCCUUAGUGAGCAAGCGAAAGACCCAAUUGCCUCCCCGACCUCGGAGCCCACCGAGACCACUGAACCCACCGAGCUCCUCCAGUCGAGGCACUGCGGGGGGCCUGGGGCAGAGAUGGAGGACUUCACAGAUGAGCUCUUGUCGGACGAGCUGUGUUCUGAGCUCGGUGAUGAAGAUGAUGACGUUUAUAAAGAUGACGAGAAGGGGCUUUGCAGAAACUCUGGCGCAGCAGAGGACCCAUUUUAUGAGCGCGCACCUUUGUUCAGUGUAGUGGGAAGGGCAUUUGUGUAUCUGAGUAAUCUGCUAUAUCCUGUGCCCCUGGUACAUCGAGUAGCCAUUGUGAGCGAGAAGGGAGAGGUCAAGGGUUUCCUACGUGUAGCAGUGCAGGCAAUUUCAGGCUCUCUGGUUUUUCCUCCAGCUGAUGAGGAGGCACCUGAUUAUGGCUCAGGUGUGAGGCAGUCUGGAACGGCCAAGAUUUCUUUUGAAGACCAGCAGUUCGAGAAGUUCCAAUCUGAGUCCUCCCCAGCUGGUCUCUCCCAGACUGGACUUUUCCAGGAAGAGCUGCGGAUCGUGGAGGGUGAGGGACAGAAUGCGGAGAUGGUACCAUCUGCCGAUGAGGUCAACAACAACACCUGUGCCGCUGACCCAGAUGACAUGGACAGCACAGUAAAAGAUGGCAUUCUGGAUGGAGCUUUGGACCACCUGAAAAUUGGCGAGCUUUUUACAUUCAGAGUCACCGUGCUUCAAGCAUCAAGUAUCUCGGCCGAGUAUGCAGAUAUCUUCUGCCAGUUUAAUUUUAUCCACCGCCAUGACGAGGCAUUUUCGACGGAGCCACUGAAAAACACUGGACGAGGUCCACCACUAGGCUUCUAUCAUGUGCAGAAUAUUGCAGUGGAGGUCACUAAAUCUUUCGUGGAAUACAUAAAAACCCAGCCUAUCGUGUUUGAAGUGUUUGGUCACUAUCAGAAACAGCCUUUCCCUCCACUGUGCAAGGACCUUAUAAGCCCACUGCGUCCAUGCAGAAGACAGUUCCCAAGAGUCAUGCCUCUGUCCAAACCCGUACCUGCUACAAAACUAACGACCCUCACACGACCCACAGCCGGACCGUGCCACUGUAAAUACGACUUAAUGGUAUUAUUUGAAAUCUGUGAGCUGGAGGCUAAUGGCGACUACAUCCCUGCUGUAGUGGACCACAGAGGUGGAAUGCCCUGUCAUGGCACUUUCCUGUUACACCAGGGAAUCCAAAGAAGAGUGACAGUGACUAUAGUGCAUGAGACUGGGGAUGAUAUUACUUGGAAAGAGGUUCGUGAGCUGGUUGUAGGCCGCAUUCGAAACACACCAGAAGCAGACGAAACCAUCAUCGAUCCCAACAUCCUGUCCCUUAACAUCCUGUCGGCUGGAUACAUCCAGCCAUUUCCAGAUGACAGACAGUUUCUUGAUUCGGACAUGCCUAGGACAUUCUACCGCUUUGAAGCUGCCUGGGAUUCAUCCAUGCACAACUCGCUUUUGCUGAACCGAGUGACUCCAUAUGGGGAGAAAAUCUAUAUGACUUUGUCUGCUUACUUAGAGAUGGAGAACUGCACACAGCCUACAGUAAUAACCAAAGACUUCUGCAUGGUGUUUUAUUCCCGGGACGCGAAGCUCUCAGCCUCACGCUCCAUCAGGAGCCUGUUUAGCAGUGGGACCCUCAGGCCAACUGAAGGGAACCGAAUUACUGGAGUGUAUGAGCUCAGUCUGUGCCACCUGGCAGAUGCUGGCAGCCCAGGGAUGCAGCGGAGGCGCAGGCGGGUAUUAGACACAUCCGUGGCGUAUGUGCGAGGGGAGGAGAAUUUGGCUGGAUGGAGGCCCCGCAGUGACAGCCUCAUCCUGGACCAUCAGUGGGAGCUGGAAAAGCUCAGCCUCCUGCAGGAGGUAGAGAAAACCAGGCACUACCUCCUCCUAAGGGAGAAGCUAGAGUCCACCCUGCUGCUGGGCCAGGAGGUGCUGCUGUCCUGCGUGUGUGAAGAUCUGACCGAGUCCUCCUCCCCCUCCAAACAUCUGGGGCAAGGUCACGACCUUGACGCUGACCCCGGGCAUGAAAUAACCAAUGAGAGGCAGCGCAAGCUUGCUGCCAAGUGUUUGCGUUUGCUUACCCACACCUUUAACAGAGACUACAGUCAUGUGUGUGUGAGUGCCAGUGAGAGCAAGCUGAGUGAGAUGUCUGUUACUCUGAUGAGAGAUUCCACCUCGAUCUCUGACAUCAACACUCUCACACCCUCCUCUACCUGUCCAUCACUGGUCGAGGGACGCUACAGCAGCAACACUGAGCUCAGACCCCCAGCACCUUGCUCACGUGCUGUGAGCCCGAUUCGAGGCUCUACAUCUGAUGGAGAGAGCAACAAGUCCCCAACCGGAGCUCCAGAGUCCAAAUCAAGGAACCACACAUUUGUCCCUGACAUCCAGGAGAUCCGCGUCAGCCCCAUAGUAUCGAAAAAAGGCUUUCUGCAUUUCCUGGAACCGCACACUAAUGGCUGGGUUAAGCGCUACGUGGUGGUGCGCCGGCCGUAUGUCUACAUCUACAAUUCAGAGAAAGACACAGUGGAGAGAGCCAUCCUUAACCUGUCCUCUGCACAAGUGGAGUACAGUGAGGACCAGCAGGCCAUGCUGAAGACUCCGUACACAUUCGCCGUGUGCACAGAGCAUCGCGGGAUACUUCUGCAAGCCAGCAAUGACAAAGAGAUGCAUGACUGGCUAUAUGCAUUCAACCCUCUCCUUGCUGGCUCCAUCAGGUCCAAACUGUCCAGAAGAAGAGCAGCCCAGGUGAGGCUUUGAGAGGACAAAGACAACAAAGCCCACAAACAAAGACUAUCCCUGUAUAUAGAGUCCUCCGUUCCAGUGCCCGGUCCAAGUCUCUAAAGCCUGUCACACUCCUUCCUUCUUGUGUGUGCCUGCACUCACCCUAUUUAGCACUAAGCACCUGUGUGUCUACCAGGACCUGGAUGUUCAACCCAUAACCCUCCUGAGAAUCUAAGGCCAAUCUAGGUUUUGAAUCAGUGUAGUAACGGAGAUUAGAAGCAUUUGCUUAGCUUCAUUUUAGCUGCUUAAAUCACACAAAAAAGCUCCAACACUCUUUAAAUGAAUGAAACAACAACCUGAAACUUACCGAUCAAGUGAAACACAUUUAAGCAAGAUUUGUAAAGAUGAGUAGCCAACAGUGAAGUAGAUGGUCAAUAUAGGAAUGUUUAAAUCACAUGGCCAUACUGCGGUAUUCUUUACAGUUGAAUCCGGUCAGUAUUUUAUUUCAGCCAGUAACAUUGUUAUUAUCAGCUUCACAUUUCAACAGACACAUGCUAAAGGGGCUGUAUCCCACAAUGAACACUAAAUUAUCAUCUGUUCUACAUACUGUUUAGAAUAGUAGUAUGCAGUUUGGGAUUUAGCCAGAUUUUUUCCCAGGUUUGGCUCUAGUGCAAGUUUUGGAUAGUCUUCAUUAAAAUUUGUAUACGAUUAUAUGACAUUAAAAAGGGAAUGCCAUGAGAAACAUUAACAUCGCUCAUGUUUCGCAUAGCUGUGUGUACAAAACAAAACAAAACAAAAAACAAAGAGAUGGAUGGUUAUGUGUGAGUCUUAUCUAAAUUGUAUGAUAAUCCAGUUUAAUAUUUUCUAAAAUGAACUUAUACCAUAAAGAUCUUAUCUCUGGUUGAUUUACUUUGAAGUUUAUAUUAAAAUCUUGUCAAGUUAGAUAUUUAUUUAACAUGCAUUUAUUUAUUUUUGUUGUGUAUUUAUUGACAAUGUUUUGAUGAAGUUUAAUGCAAUUAUCUGCAAAUGGCACUUUCCCCACCCCAAUGAGUUUUAAUAAUCAAUUGCUUAUGUACCAUGUGACUUUCCCUCCUCGACCCACUGAAUGCUUUCACAGGAGAGGAACAGAGAAUAGGAUGUGAUGCUGUGAUGACUGCUACUAUGCGUAAAUCACCUGAAUGUUUCAUUUAGAAGUUGUUAGAAGGGUGAAAGAGCCUUUUGCAAAAUAUCCAGUUAAAAAUAGAGAAAGGAUCAUUACUCAGACAAGAUAAGACAAAAGUCUGUAUAACCACAAACAGCAGGUUUUAACUUGUAUAUGAUUUUACUAGCUUCCCAUGUUUCUACAUUCUCAACUGUUGCUGCCAUUCUUCAAGUCUCCCAAAUUACAUCAACCCAUUCAUUCGCUCAUCAUUUCCCAAGGUUUAUAUAUUGGAGGUUGAGUUUUGAUGCUGUCCACUUAUUAUAUCUUAAGUCAUUUUGUAAGCAUAUCUUGUGACUCCUGUAGAUCCUCGACUUCACAUAUAUACCCGCUGGAAAAUCCAGCUUUAUCUGACCAGCUAGCGGCUACCAAAACACAAGCAUGACUAGUCAAGAUAGUAGAUCAGGAGCAUUCAGUACAGUGGUAAAAGAGGGGCACAUACUGUAAAUAUGAUCAUUUUGAAAUGUCCAAUUAUAAAAAAUCUUUACUUUGGUCUGGAUAAGCAUGGAAUGGCAAAAAAAACAUAAUGGCUAUAGUCUUUAAACCAUCUGUCCACACUGUUAGCUGUCAGAACGCAUGUCAAAUUGUGUGAACAUUCUCCUGUUCUGAUCUAAUGCCUUCAGUCCUGUAGCUACUACAGAAGCAGAGCUGGUUUAUAUUUAGUCUAUUUAAGCCAUAUUUAAGUCUCUGAACAACAGUCAGACUCAAUCUCUCAAUCUGUUGCAAUUACUUUCAGGGUCUGAAUUUAGACUACAGUCCUUUAGCUGACACCAGAUACUAAAGACUGUGUUUGCCAACUGAUACCAGUGGAAAGCAAACCAUUUUCACUAGUAAUGCAACAGCAAAGACACUCAAACAAAAAGCACUUUUAAACUCAAUCUCAGACAAUUUAUCAUUCAAUUCGAUGAAGGAAUAAAGAUUCUGAAAAUUAACAAAAUAAAAUUAUGAUCUACUAGUUUGACUGUAUCAUUUGUGUUUUAGCAACCGGUAGCUGAUUAGACCAAGUUGGAUUUUUCAACAUGAAUCUUUUUUUUGCACAGUUCACCAAAUCUGCACAUGGAAAUGGACCUACUGUGUACAUCGUGUUUUGUGAUGUUCACAUAAUUCAACCUUUUUCAAGCAUCGUGUUACCUUAAACUUUCCACAAACUACAAAAAAACGAAAGUGGAGACUGUAAGCUUAGAGGCUACAGUAUGCAUUUUUAACAGCACUCAUAGUGUAGCUUUCUCUCAUUACUGGUUGCUGUGUGUUAUGACUGUUGGCUUAAUGUUUAAUAAAGAAGAGCAAACAGCUUGUGUUUGUGUUGUUAGCGAAAUGCCUCUGUUUGUGUACGAGUGAAAAUGCACACUGCGCUGCUGAAAGUGCUGGUUAUCAGAAGCUUUGUCAUGGUGAAAAUUCCCGGGAAUGUUACACACCACUGAUUUGUGCUGUUGUGAUUGGUCAUUCUCAACUGCUUUUUUUUUCAUGAAAGUUAACUAUUACUUUUUGAGGUUUUUCUUAAUACUGUUUGUCUGCACUGGCAAAUAUUGGUUACUAUGACUUUGACUUGGAACGGAUCCUAACUUAAAAUGUCUUUUAGGAACCAGAUUGAUUGUCAUGUGGCAUUUACCUGAAGUCUCCUUAAACAGUAAUGAAGAAGGAAGCAUGACUGAGGCCGGCCAACCUCCAGAACAUGCUUAGUACUGCCAAGGCUAUAUAAGAGAUAUUAUAAUCUGGAGAAAAGUAUAAACGUUAUGAACGUUUUGUUGUGAAAUUGACCAAUCACCAAAGCUGCUUUAGUUUAAACUGUUGAUGUAUCAAAGCUUCUUAUUAUGCUGUUAUUGUUAUCUGCACAGUUAUAGAAAGGUGCUGUUUGUGUUGUUUGCAAAGAACAUCUUCUAAAUAAGUAUGUCCAGUUUUGCAUGGGAAGAUUGUCAAGCUGCCUACAUAUAAAAACAACUGUGCUCCAGUGUUCCAGACUGUGGUUUAAUCUUCUGAUCCAUUUCUAAAGCUUUGCGUUUGUGUCUGCACAUAUCUGAAGGGGAAAAAAAUAUAUCAUUCGUUAUGUUCGGCGGCGUGUGCAUGGGUGCAGUUGUCUUUUGUCCGUGCACCUCUGUCAGAAUGUUGUUGAGAGUGCAUUGGAUGAAAUCUUGCACCUCCUUGCCUGCGUCACAUCGACACACAAUGACGCCCAGGCAUGACAUUAUAAUUCUCACUCAUUCACCAUCACAGAGCUUACAUACAGCAACCUCUAUCAGAGAAAUAAAACAAAACAAAUGAUAGGCUCUCUUCACCAACAGCAUUUCUUUGUGUGCUUCCAUUUUCAUCAUAUGCACAAACUCCAUUCACUGACAUUUUUCUAUCUUCUCAGUUCUACUUUGCAUUGUAUAUAAACAUGAUUUGCUGUGAAUGGUGUAAUAUGCAGUUGAAACCCAUUGGUACCAUCUUAAUGGGUAGUAGUUCAAUGUGUCUUGUGAGUGUUUGAGUUAUGAGUCAAAAUGUUUGUGUAGCUACACCUUAACACAUUGUCUGAUAUAAAAUAAAUGUGGAACUUAUGCAACACUA